AUGGAAGAAGUGCCUGAGGAGGUUAGGGAAUCCCAUUGGCUACAGAAUGAUGGCUGCCCUGCACAUUAUGGUACAAACGUCCGUGCUUAUUUAAAUGCCACGUAUCCAAAUAAAUGGAUUGGUCGUUUGGGUCCCAUUUUGUGGCCUCCUCGAUCCUCGGAUUUAAACCCACUGGAUCUUUUUUACUGGGGAUGUCUAAAGGAAGAAGUGUACUCAAAAAAAAAUUCCAAUUUGGAGGAAUUACGCAGCCGUGUUCAAGAGGGCGUUUCAAAAAUAAAUGAACGACGCUACGCACGUUAUCUUAGUAGAGCCUUUAUAAGAAGAUGUAGAGCGUGUAUUAGAGUCGGUGGCAGACAAUUUGAACACCAGUUGUGA